AUGUAUACUUACCAGGAUAUUACAGUAACGGGGCAAGAUGCCGCUGAUGCUUUUGCCAGUUAUUUCUGCAGUGUUUUCCAGACGGAGGAGCCACAACUGGAUCCAGUCAAGGCUGCACAUAAGAGCAAGAACGAUGCAAUGUGUGUCUCUAUUGACAGUGUAGGUGCUUCGGAGCUGCACAAAGCAUCACGAAAGCUGAAACCUCGCUCUUCGGUUGGGCCCGAUGCGGUUCCUCCUUUUCUGGCUAAGGACUGCAUAUCGGCUCUGGAAGUUCCACUCCUGCACAUCUAUAACCUUUCCCUGCAAACUGCGACUUACCCUGCAUGCUGGAAAAGGUCCAGGGUUACCCCAGUGCCUAAAAGCGGUUCAGGCUCGGACGUCACGGGAUAUAGGCCGAUUGCUGUGCUGCCUGUUUUUGGAAAGUUAUUUGAGACAAUCCUUGACAGUGAAAUAACUCGGCAGAUAUCCACCCAGCUCGACGAUGACCAGCAUGGGUUCCGCAAAGGUCUCAGGCCAUCGUUGGCGCUGUACUAUGCUUAUGUCCGGAGUCGGUUGGAGUAUGGAGCUAUGGUAUGGGACCCACACGAGGCGAAGUAUACACUUAUGCUCGAAAGGGUGCAGCGCAAAUUUGCAAGUGCCAAUUACUAA